CUUGAGGGAAAACUGACCAUGGCUUACUUAUUCAAGACGCGAGACAUGUCGGGGAGGUUCCGGCUGCUGAUUGUUGCCUCACUGUUCAUCAUUGUCGUCCUGACACGGUGGAUAGGAAACAAGGCACAGUCUAACUAUGAGGUGGGUGUUAUCCCUCACGCGCGAAAGGCGUAUCACUCAGCAGUUCGUUCGUUCCUCCACCAAAUCAAAUCAGUCGGUAGCCUUGUCUCCAAGAAAGCUGAGGACUCUUCCACCGAGCAAGUUAAGUCAGUUAAUAGCCCUGGAGCUCAAGCAACUAAAGGCUCCAACGAGCAAGCCGAUAGCCCUGUUGUCCAGGCAUCUAAAGGCUCCACCAAGCAAGCCGGUAGCCCUGAAGCUCAAGCAACUAAAGGCUCCACCAAGCAAGCCGGUAGCCCUGCCGCUCAAGCACCUAAAAGCUCCACCGAGCAAGUCAAGUCAGCUGAUAGCUCUGCCGCUGAAGCACCUGAAGACUCCUCCACCAGGCAAGUCAAAUCGGCCGCUAGCCCUGUUGAUAUCUCACUAACUGAGACACAUGACGUUGUUUUGUGGACAAGCAACUGGACGGGAGAAAUCCCAGUAUACCGGGUUCCUGUUUUCACCUACACUCCCAAAGGGAAUCUGGUAGCCAUAGCAGAAGGGAGACGGAAAUCACAUUUUGACAAAAGCCCAAAGAUCUUUGAAGUCAGAAGAUCAACGGAUGGAGGUAAAACAUGGUCGCCCCCACAAAGGAUAGUGGACGACGGAAAGUCAAGAAAUAAGGUCUGCUCCUACAUAGGAACUAUUUUCGUUGACGACACAACUGCUACCAUCUUCCUGAUGUACGUGUUUUGUGAGUUCUGUCCUACGAGAUCACUGAUGUUGAUAAACAGUACGGAUGACGGCAUCACGUGGGGCCGGCCGAGAAAUAUUACCGAUCACGUAGGGAAACACUACGCCACACACCCAAGUCCUGGAUACGGUAUUCAGAAAAGGCAGGAGCCAUCCAAGGGACGCCUGAUAGUGUGCGGACACGGUUUCUACAAUGGUAAAGGCUUGGUGCUGCUGCUGAGUGAUGACCACGGCGUGACGUGGAGACGUGGAGCCUUUGUACCGAGUGUGCCGUUCAGGCCACGAAAACGAAAAGGGCACUUCGAUCCUGAUGAAUGCCAGCCGGUGGAGUUUCCCGAUGGGUCCAUCUAUAUUCUUAUCCGGAACGAAAAGGUAUAUCUCAGGCAACGCCGCAAGAUGAUCAUGCGUAGUUUUGAUGGGGGAGAAACGCUGCCACAAAACUACACGUACCUGGACCAGGCCCUCAUCGAACCUAGAAUCACAUCGGGGCUGUGGUACCACGAUGGGAUCUUGUUCUACUCAGGACCAAAACAUGACACACAACGUGAGAACUUACACAUCAGAUGGAGUUACGACCACGGGAAGACUUGGAGCUCGGAGAAACAGGUCUGGAGAGGAAUGGCAGGAUACUCCGCACUCAUGAUGCUCCCGCAUGAUAGAGAGCACCUCUACAUUCUGUAUGAAAGGGGCUCAGAUUAUUGCUAUUUUGAUGAAAUCGCGGUAACAGAAAUGAAAAUAUCUCCGAGGAAGGGUCGCGAUGCCAUAUGAAAUUCCCCGCAGUCGUUUGAAAAAUGGUUUAAAAUGAAUCGUUUCCAAAACAAGAUGGCGGGUAGAAUUUAGCGAACAC